CCCAGCCUCCUACGAGCCUUUCAAUGUCUCAGCCCGGCCCUCCAUUUCCUGGUGCCGGUGCCUACCCUCCAUCCUCGAGUAAACUUCCCGAUCGCACCGCUGUCAAGGCAGGCAGCAAUCCAGCGCAGAGAUAUACCCAGUCAGCUCUUGGCCGGAGACCUGAUCAAUCAUACCAAUUCGCACAAUCUUCUGGCGCGCCUCAGCCGCAGCAUGGCGCGUUGGGUGCCAGGUCGAGCAUGGAAAAGGAAUCCAAUGUCUUGAGUGAAUUGAGUGAGGAGCAGAGAGAUGAAAUUAAUGAAGCAUUUGAUCUGUUUGACCUCGAUCGAGAUCGUCACCUCGACUACCAUGAACUUCGAGUCGCCCUGCGUUCGCUAGGCUUUACUCUGCCUAAACCCCAAAUCGCCCAAAUCAUGCAGACCCACGGAGUUCCCAAACCACAGUUUAAAAGGGGCCCGCCCGGUAGAUCGCAGCAGACAUACCAUUCAAGCCAACUCCUCAUCUCCCAAAAUGCGUUCCAGCGCGUCGCAGCGCAAAAGGUCCAUGACCGAGAUCCCGCUGAAGAGGUCGAGCGCGCUCUCCUUCUUUUUGAUCCCGAUCAACGUGGUUACAUCGAUGUCGAGGACAUUCGCCGCGUGGCGCGUGAGCUGGGGGAGACCGGCCUCGAAGACGAAGAAAUCCAAGCCAUGAUUGACGAGUUCGAUUAUGAUGGCAACGGUACAGUCUCAAAGGAAGCCUUUUACGCCAUCUGCCUGCAAUGAGUCCCCAUCUAUCCACUCCAAAAAUACGUUUGAUCAUGUCGAUCACGUCGAAACCCGCACUGGAUCUACAUGAAUGACUCGCAUCAGUCCAGGGCUUGGGGGUUGUUGAUGUGUCGGAGCAGAUGCCCUGGUGUACCUCCCAAGGCGUGAGAAGGGGAAGACGCUACCAAGGCAGCUCAACCGCACCCUCCUUGGCUUUGUCUUUACCCAUCACCACAUCCCAAUUGCCAAUAUCUCGAGUACCUCUCGGGGCCCAAUACGUGCCGGUUUUCUCCAUUCCAAAGUCAUGCUCCACCCAGUCGGCUGUGAUACGUGCAGCAUCUCCUGGUUCGAGCGCACCGCCGUCAUCCCAAAACUUGUCGAAACCCACACCCUUGGUCAUUUCUGUCCGCAUGAAACUUGGAACGUUAGCCUAGGCGUGGUUGAGGGAGAAGUACACUCACCUUGGAUGAAUCGAAGCUACGGCGAUUCCCCGGUCUUUGAGAUCAAAGGACAAUUGCUUCGCCACCAUGUUGAGCGCUGCCUUGGAACCGUGGUGUCCAUAAUUUCCUCCACCUUCCUGUUCGUGUCUGAGCGUGAUUGAGCCAGACUCGGAUGACACCAAGAUCACCUUGCUGCCUUUGGAUAUGAUCGAAGACUUGACCAGCUCCUGCACGACAAAAAUUGGGGCUACGGAUGACAGAGUAUACAUCUUGACCUGUUCGUCCCACUUUGCGUUGCCAAAAUCCUCUGUGGCAAAGUACCCUGCAGUGAUGAUGACGGUGUUGACAGACUUUCCUUUCAAUCCUGUGGCGAGGUCUUGGCCGACUGAGGGUUUGGAGAGAUCGAUGUCGGUGAUCCAUGAGAUUUGAUCGGGAGCAGGGCUUUCUGGCGGGGCAUGUGAACGAGAAGUGGCAUAUACUGUGUACGAGAGGGUGUCGACAUAGUAUGAUGUCAAGGCCUUGCCGAGUCCGCGCGUUGCGCCAACGAUGAGAACGGAGGGCAUGUCGAUAGCGGCUAGAUAUCGCAGCAGGAGGAAGACGUGUUGGAAACUGACACUUGUGGUGGUGCAGGGGACGAUUGGACUGAGAUUAAAUUGGAUGACGGUUGAAAGUCGGGCAAUAGGAGGAUUCAAGGAGAGCAGUUGCUUGACCACCACGAUAGAUUAUUUGAUCUAGGAUGAGUUGGUAUUCAGCAAGAUGAUAACAAGGUUGCGC